UCUCCUAAGCAACUCAGCUGCAGCACCGCUGCUUCAUAUGCCUUUUUGUUUUUCUCUCUCAGACCUGGACGCAUCCAAGUGGGAUAAGCGGAACAAACAAACUAAGGACUAGUUUUCCCUCUGUAUCGGGGCAGGAUUAGUCGGGUCUCUUCCGGGAACGCAUUAGUCAAUGUUUAACACCACUUUCAACAUCCUGAUGUGGCGUCACUUUACUCUGUGACUAAAGUCUACAAGAAGGAAAAAAAAAAAGUGACUUGCAGUGCUGGAGGUAUACAUUUUUGGGGUUUCCUCAGUGGAUUGACCGAUUUUGACUCAUUGGAUUAACAGAAUCAAUCUAUUUAACUGUGGCUACCAUGACAACAGAGGCAAGUGCCGUAAGUGAGGCAGACACUGAAGGCAAGCAGAAGGCUAGCGCCGCUGAACCUGAGAACAAGCAGAGUCCAGAGGCGACCGCAUCUGAGCCAGAGGGGGAGCAGUCGAGCAAGAAGGCCCAGGGACAGGCCCCUGAGCCUGGCUCUGCCGAUGCAGCCUCCUCCCCUGAAGAAGAACAGCUGAAACCUCGCACCCGAACCUCUGCUGGCAAAGGCCUCUCUCGCCUCUUUUCCUCUUUUCUUAAACGCCGUUCGCAGUGCUCAGAAGGAGAGGGCUUUGAGGCAGAGAACGCAAGGGAGGAAAAGGAGGAUAAAGAAGAACAGGCCACUAAAGCAGAAGAAGGAAAGGAAGAAAGAGUAAAAACUGAAGAGAAGGAUACUCUCGUAGAGGCGACAGACUCGAAAGAGGCAAAAAAGAGCGAAGAGAAACAACAAAAAGAGGAAAAGGAGACUGAGCCAGAGAAAAUAGAGAAGAAGGGCAGUAAGAAGAAAAAGAAAGAAACCAAGAAGAAAACAGAAGGGGAUCCAGAGAAAGUGAAAACCACAGAGGAGAAAAAGGAAGAGGAUCCAGAGAAGAAAGAGGAGGAGAAAAAAGAGGAGCAAAAAGAGAAGAAGAAAGAGGAGGAGAAGAAAGAGGGGCAAAAAGGAGAUGCAAAGGUGGAGGAAGCUUUCGUAAUAGAAGAAAAAUUGGAGACACAAGAAGUGAAGAAGAAAACUACAGAAGAAAAAGGCACUGAAACAGAUCCUGAAAAGGAGACUCUAGAGGAGGAAAAGGUUGAUAAAAAGGUGGCAAAGAAAAAAGAAAAAGAGGAAAGAGUGAACAAAAGAGAAGAAGAAAAAGCUAAGAAAAAAGCAGAGGAGGAAGAAAGGGCAAAGAAAAGGGAGGAGGAGAAAGAGAAGAAGAGGAAGGAAGAGAAGGCCAAAGAGGCAGAAAAAGCAAAGAAGAAAGAGGAGGAAAAGGCGAAAAAGAAGGAGGAGGAGGAUAAGGCAAAGGAGGAGAAAUUCAAAAAGAAAGAGGAGGAAAAGUUGAAGGAGGCCAAAAAGAAAGAGGAGGAGAAAUCAAAAGAGGCCAAAAAGAAAGAAGAGGAGAAAUCAAAAGAGGCCAAAAAGAAAGAAGAGGAGAAAUCAAAAGAGGCCAAAAAGAAAGAAGAGAAGGGGGAUAAGAAGGCAGAUGAUAAACGGGUAGAAGACAAAGGGAAGAAAAAAGAAAAGGUGAAAAAAGGAAAGAAGGAAGAGGAGAAGGGGUCAAGUGAGGAGCGGGUGAAAGCACCAAUUGCUGCCCCAGAACCAGAACUUAAAACCGAGCCUGAAACUGAAAAAGCUCCUGAUCAGCACUCACUCAACAGCGCAGAAAUGCAGCCAGCUCCAGAGGAACCCAAGGAAAAAGUUGCAAUCAAGGAGCCCGAAGAAGACGAAGUAGUGGAAGAGGAGGAGGACGCAGAGAAGAAAGAGGCAGAGGAGAAGGAAGCGAAGGGAGAUGAUGAGAAGCCUAAGGAGGAACCCAAGGAGGAAAAGCCCGCGAAAGAAAAGAAGACUGAGAAGAAGGGCGACGAUACCAAAGGCUCCAAACGACAGAAAACAAUUCAGUGCAAAAUCACUUUACUGGAUGACACUCAGUAUGCGUGUGAGCUCGACAAACAUGCUAAAGGACAGGAGCUCAUCACGAAAGUGUGUGACAACCUCAACCUGCUGGAGAAAGAUUACUUUGGCCUUGCUCACUGGGAAACACCGACCAGCAAGACAUGGCUGGAACCCGCCAAGGAAAUCCGGAAACAGGUGCCAGGUGCUGUCUACGAGUUUACUUUCAACAUAAAGUUCUAUCCUCCUGACCCGGCACAGCUUACUGAAGACCUCACAAGGUACUAUCUGUGUCUCCAGCUGAGGAAGGACAUCAUGAGUGGGGUUCUUCCAUGUUCCUUUGUCACGCUGUCCCUGCUGGGCUCUUACACAGCACAGUCAGAGCUUGGUGAAUAUGACCCAGAACUCCAUGGAGCGGACUAUGUUAAAGAUCUACGUCUUGCUCCUGGACAGAGCAAAGAGCUGGAGGAAAAGGUGAUCGAGUUACAUCGUACAUAUAGGUCAAUGAGUCCAGCCCAAGCAGACAUGCUGUUCCUGGAAAAUGCCAAGAAACUUGCAAUGUAUGGUGUGGACCUUCAUCAAGCCAAGGAUCUUGAUGGUGUUGACAUUACACUUGGAGUUUGCUCUGGUGGUCUGAUGGUUUAUAAGGAGAAGCUGAGAAUCAACCGUUUCCCUUGGCCGAAAGUUCUCAAGAUCUCUUACAAACGCAGCAGCUUCUUCAUUAAGAUUCGGCCGUCCGAGCAAGAGCAGUAUGAAAGCACAAUCGGCUUCAAACUACCAAACUACAAAGCCUCGAAGAAGUUGUGGAAAGUUUGUGUUGAACAUCACACCUUCUUCAGGGUUUCGGCAAUUGAGCCUCCCUCGUCACGUCGCUUCCUCGUCCUGGGCUCCAAGUUCAGGUACAGCGGGCGCACCCAAGCCCAGACCCGGCAAGCCAGUUCCAUGAUCGACCGCCCUGCGCCUCGCUUCACACGCUCUGCAAGCAAACGCCUCUCCCGCAAUUUAGAUGGAGCUGUAGACCAGACUCUUCAGAGCCUCACAGCAUCAACCAGGUCUGAGGUUGAUGACUGGUCGUUGAUACUUGCUUCUGAAAACCCCCACCCUUCCCUCAAAUUUCCAGCCAGAGGUGAGUUUGAACAGACAUUUAUUCAGUCCUGGAAUACUCAGGCAGGCAGUCGGCCGUGGUGGGAGCUUUCAUCUGAUGCAAAGCUACAGACGAGAAAAGAAGAUGAAUGGUCUACCCUGGUCGAACGAGAUCCUCCUUUCCCAUUUUCCCCGUCUUUUGAUUUUGUUAACCAGCCAGCUAAACUCGGCUUGGCAAACAUGAGCUCUCUUGACAGGCUAUUGCAACCAGCACAGGAACAGCCCCAUGACUGGUUCCUCCACUUUGAUCGAAUCCCCAGCCUGCCAUUGUAUAAGCAUGUCGAUAAACCUCAGCGUGAGUCACUGUGUGAUGCCAAGCUCCAGGUGAAGGAUGAGGAGACUGUGUGUGUUAAAGAGCAAGAAUUGACAGAUGAGGAGGUCAUUGAAUGGCUAGAGGAGAUGGUGAUGACUGUGAACAAGCUAGAAGAGAUGGAAGAUAUUGAGAGGAGGCUGAGGAAAAUUAGAGAUUUAGAAGAGAGGCUCCAAGAAGUAGAAGAGAUGUCAGAGAUGAUCCAGGAAGUGAUAGAAGAGGAAUUAGGGGAACAAGAGGUUGCCAUACUAAAAGAGGAAGAACUACAGAAAGAAAGUAAAGCCAUAACACGGACUGUAUUGAAAAAUUCUGUGAUGAUUGUGAAGCACAUAAAUGGGGGAGAUGUGAAGGAUGAAUUAGAGGAGCAAAUAAAAGAGGUGUUUUUAAAGGGCCUUUUGCCCGAGGAAGACGAGGCUAAGAAAGAUGAGCAUUUGUUUGAUUAUAGUCUGAGAGAGAAACUACGUCAGAUAGAAGAUGAAUGGAAAGAUGAUGUGGAGGAAAAGCUUAAUUUUCCACCUCUCAGUACCUCUUCUCAGGUAUCUUCAAAGACAGUUGUAAGGACUAAGAAGAGAGUUGCUUUUAUGGAUCAGAGGCCACAAAGGCUUGAUGCAAUGGAAGAUGCCCUUCUAAGAAUAAUCUCAGAAAAGACCUCCCAAAACGCUGAGAUUGGACUGAAAACAGAAAUGUUGGAGAAAACAGCUGAGAGGAAAGUUAGUGAGGUUGAAGAUGGAUUUUCACUAGACAAAGAUAAGGAUACGUGGUCCACGCUUUUUGACGGUCCGCCGUACGUGCCAAUUAUCAAACCAGCAGUUACAUCAGUGAAAUGUGUUGAGUUGGAUGAGGGGAAGUUUUACACUUCAGAAUCAGUUGAGGAUAAAAGAGCCUUACUAGAAGAACGACCAGUAGAAGACAUUUCGCCAUCGCAGACAAUUCUAGACAGAGAAGAUGACUGGUUUGCGUUGCUGGAUUCUGUUCCCAGAUAUGUAAAACCAGUUACCUUGAAAGAACCAGGCCAGAUGGGGGCUGAAAGUUUGACCUCGGUGGCUGCAAAGCCUGAGGAGAUUAGGGAGGUGCAAAUUGAAGAGACAGAGCUAAGGGAAGAGGUGCCAACAUAUCUUCCACAUAUCCAACAACAGCCGGUGAAAGAGUACAAGGAUGACUGGUUUGUGUUGGUGGAUGUUGUGUCCAAAGAAACGACUUAUAGAGCACCAGCUGCUGUUGAUGUGUCUGCUAAAAAUGAUGUCUCUCUGAGUGAUGGGACAGUUGAAAUGAGCGAAAAACCCAUGGAUAUCGUAGUAGUCGAGGAACCACAAAUAAAAGAGGAUCUGAGGCAAAAUGAAGUCACUAUGCUAUCAGAUAAUGUAAGAGAAAUAGAAGAUGAUUGGUUUUUACUGCUGGACGUUCCCACAAGAGAACCACAAGUUGUAACGCCAGUGACCUUGGCUGGGUAUGUUCAGGCUUAUGCUGGAAAAAGCAUUUCUGCUUUGGUUGAAGAAAAAGUGGAUGUUGAAGUAGAAGAGAUGCAAAAAGAAGAGGCUCCAAAGAAAAUGUAUCCCGAGCUAAAAAUAGUCCCCCCAGUCAUAAAGACAGAUGAUGACUGGCUUCUACUGCUGGAUGUAGUUCCCAGAGAAACUGCCUUUGUACCACCAGCUACCCUACCAGUGGUGGCCAAAAUGUAUCCAGAUGUUGGACCUGUGAUUGAAGUGAAAGGCAUCGAGCUGAAACCACUACCAGUUGGUUUGGACCAAAUGAGAGAGCAGCCAUCUCAACCACAGCGAGACAAAGAUGACUGGUUUGUGUCAUUUGACGCUGCUCGUGAUGAGGCGGUUAAACGACUACCAGACACCCCUGUCGAAAUUACUCCAGCAAUGAGGAAACCCUUUGAGGCUGACGUUUUAACUACUGAGACUAGAACAUGGGAGAUGAUGAUAAUUGGUGAGAACACCAGACAUGAUGAGACACGAAUUUCGGAAAUGAGACCAGUUAGACCAACGUCAGGGAGAGGAGAAGAAGAUGACUGGUUUGAAUUGUUCCCAAAACAAACCAUCCCAGAAAAGACAGCCCAUGUACCAUCAGUUGCCAUGGUUGAGCAUAUUGUGGAUGUGGCCGCAGUUAAAGCAACAAAAGAAAAAUCCAGCAUAGAAGAAGUGAGGCUGCCAGUGAAGUUAGUCAAGAUUAAACCACAACCGCAAAAGUUGGAUGAUGACUGGUUUGUGUUUUUAGAUGCAGUAAAAGUACCAGUGGCUGAAGCUGUGCAAAAGUAUCCUAAAGUAGCUGCGUCUGAAGCUUUUGCCGUCAUAGAGAAGAGAUCGCUGCAGAGAAUUACUGUAGUGGAGCAGAUGUGGAUGCAAGAGAUGUUGCAGCAGAAACCAGGUCAAAAAGAGAGAAAGAUUGAGGAUGAUUGGUUUACUCUAUUCGAUGUGGCUCCUAAGAAAACAGCUGCUGUCCCUGAGCGCCUCAGAUUCCCGGCAGAGGUUCCAAGAGUUAAAAGGGCUGAGACCAAAACAAGGAUUUCUACUUUUGAGACAAGACCCCAGUUUGAGAAAAAGAUCCAGGAACAAAGACGGCCCCUCAAACACACUCGUGUCAGUGAUGAUUGGUUUGUUCUACUAGACGUUGGCCCCAGAGAGUCAGUGGCGAUUACACAGAGAAGCACCCGUCCAGUGAGCGCUCCAGUCUUCUCCCAAGCUGCUCUGGCCGAGGCUGGAAUUCCAAUGGCACCCUUGGACCAGCCCCAGACCUCCACUCCAAUCAGGACAGGCGUCAAAGAGGAAAGGAAGCUCGAUGUCACUUUUGAAGCUGUUGAGCCAUCCAAAACCGAGGACAAGUCAGUAUGGAAUGACCAGAGAACUGACUCCUCACUGACACUUUCCAUCAAUGGGGACAUUCAGUCUGAGGUGACAAGCAGAGAGGUGGUGCAGUUGCGAAAGAAAAGAGCUAAGAAAAUUGAGGGUGACUCAAUUUAUAUGAGACAUAGCCUUUUAAUGUUGGAGGAGUUUGAUAAGCCUCAGGAGGACCUGCUCAGGCAUCACGCCAGUAUCAGCGAGCUGAAGAGGAAUUUCAUGGAAGCUGUACCUGAGCCCAGGCCCAGUGAAUGGGACAAGCGUCUGUCCACGCACUCACCUUUACGUACUCUGGGUGUCAAUGGCCAGCCCAGUGCCGAUGGGAGCGUCCGCAUUAGUCCGCUGUGCAGAGUUUCAGCGACCAAGGCUGCACUCGAGGAAACCCCUGUGAGUUUGGGCUUUUCCAACAAGACCAGUCCCGCUGUGAGCCUCUGUCAUAGUGCCGCGGCUCCCAGAGUUCCUUUUGACAAGUCAUGUGAUCAGGAAACACUUGUGGUGAUUGAAUCAUCCCCGGUGCCAAUGCCAGAGGUGGAGAUGGUGCAUCUGGUUCCCUCUCUCGAACCCAGCAGUACAUAUUUAAAUGAGACCCAGAAAGCAGAAGGUUCAUGUCCCAGAUUAUCGGAGCACUCUGGGAAUAAAGUCGGAUUUUCCCCUGCUUCCUAUUUCAGGGGCGGUGGUCCACAGGUCAUACGCAGCUUCCAGCCCCCUCUGGUGCAGACCCAGACAGUCACCAUCACAGCUGUCCCCAACUCCUUACCCAGUGGCAUCUCCACCACAGAGGUCCCUAUCGUCCCAACCAAGACCGUCACCUACGAGUCUGCAAAGGGUGCAGUUGAUGGGACAGAAGAGGAAAAAGAAAGCACAGUUUCCAUCUCUCAGACCUCAGAAACCACCAGUGGCACCACCGUCACUACUACCACGACACACAUCUCGAAGAUUGUGAAAAGUGGCUCCUCAGAGACUCGUGUGGAGAAAAGAAUCGUCAUAACUGCUGACAGUGACGUUGAUCAGGAUAAGGGGAAAGACGGCGGCGCAUCGGCAUUGUAACCGAUGCACCACAAGCAGCUCCUCCUUUGACUGCCCAUCUCCCGUUUCCCUCGGUCAGAGUGCCGUACGCCACACACACUGACUGACCCACUCUUUGACGCACGCACACAUAUCUCAUGAAUGUGCACCCAGUAGCAGAGUCUGACUAGAUCGUGUUUUGUUUUCUUUCUCUUUGUGGUUUGAGCUGUUCAUAGAAAGUUAGAGGAGGGCUUGCAUCGUGCUGAUCAAACCUCAAACCUUGAAAAGCUUCUCAGAACUUCCACUUCCAUUGUUUUAAAACAUAUUUCUCUUUCUUUCCAAUUGUAGCAGAUAUGUUUGCUUUUAAACAUGUUUACUUCCCUUUUUAAUUAUUAUUAUUAUUAUGAUUAUUCGUUUCACCAAGGCACUGUUUCGGAGUUAGUUUUGAUUGUCAGCGUUCAUUCCCUUGGUACUACUUGGAACGUAGCGACUACUCUCAAGGGAACUCUUCUUUCUGGUUGUUUACAUUCAGGAGAAACGUUGCAUGAAAUCGUGUACUUGAUGUACAAUGAUUCAAACAUAAAUAUAAUUUUGUGCCCUAAUUCGGACAGCUGUUUGGUUUCACUCAGGAAAUAUAACCAAAAUUUGCUUCUUUUAUGAGCAGCCGACCACCUGUAGCCUACAUGUUCUUGUAAAGUUUGAAUUAAAACUUGAUCUAUUUUGACAUAUUUCUCUAUUUUAUAGGUUUAAUGCUUUUAUAGUGUUUGUACAAAUCGAAAUGUUUUAAGUUAUUCAUAUCCCUCACUGACUUAAAUUGUGCUGUUGUCUAAAUUUGCGGUCUCUAUUGAAGAUUUUCUUCCAUGAUUUGUUCUUACUCAAUUCCUCAACGUCAUGUUAAUCGGCCCACCAUUCAUUAACAUUGUGCUUCCCUCAGCCAUGAUGUUUUGAAUAUAUUUCAUUGAUACACGUUUCAAGCUUUGGUCUGUUUCUCUCAGGUUUUAAUGUACUUUGCAAGACCACAGACCUCAAUCAGAAUGUAUGAGGAAUGUCCAUACACUUAUAUCUGUCCCUCCUUUAAUGUACAUUCAUUUUCAGCCGUGUGAAGUCAAUACAUUGAAAGAGCCUGUUCUCACGAGAAUUUCGGAGGAAUGUGUACAAAAAAAAAUGGGGGUUAAUUCAAAAAGCUUUCUUUUUAAUAAUACAUUUUUUAAUCAUAUUUUCCACCCACCCUAUGCCCUCACCUCCUACCUAUUUACAUUUAAUGGGAAAUACAUUUUGUCUUCACGUUGCUGGAAAACAGUCACAUUUGACCGAAUAUUGUUCUUAACUUUUUGUACAAUUUCCAACUAAACUCUUGCGGGAACACGUUACGCUUGUGGCUCGUCUCAGUGAAGCGCAAGUGGAAGGUGAAGGCAGCUGUCUUGGUAAAUGUGGCUUUUUUUUUUUUUUGUCAUAGGAGCACAAUUUCUUUUGUUAGUUUUUUUUUUUUUUUUUUUUUUUUUUUUUUUACAUGUUCUACUAUACAGUAAAUUAUUUGUAAAGUAGCAACUGUUUCAUGUGAUUUUCAUGUACUGUGAUGUUUCAAGGAAAAAGCUGAUUUCCAGGCUUCCAUUUAGAGAUGUCACAAAGUUUAUAUCAAGAAAGUUUGUAAAGCCUUUUACCAGAUAGUCCGAGUAGAUUUGCUCUCACUUGCUGUCUAAUGUGCUUUUCUGUAGAAGAUAGAAGCUGUCAAACACACCAGUUCCCUUUUAGACCACGUGUUUCUUCGUCUUGGUCGCAAACUUGGUAGCUACAACAACAGCAACCUCCCCAGAAGAAACUUGGAAUUUCACAUGGGAAAAAUAGAUUUUAGAUGGUGGAAAAUAUUGUUGCUUUAUGAUUCAUCUUUGUCUUUUAUUAAAAAAUAAAAUAAAAUAAA